AUGGCAGAUGCAAGCUUGAAUAACUCCUUGGAGUUCACUGAAGAAAUUGAAAUCGGCUACUACUCUAACUCAAGAGUUGAAUUGAAGGACGGUGAUCAGGCAACCACAAGUGAAAGUAAAGGCCAAGAUAAAGGUGAAAGCCAGGGUAAAGGUGAAAACCAGGAUAAAGGUGAAAACCAGGAUAAAAGUGGAAACCAGGAUGAUCAAGAAGAAGGCCAGGGUGAAGGAGAAGACCAAGGUGAAGGCCAAGGUGAAGGAGAAGGCAAGGGUGAAGGUGAACAGUUGGAUGGAGGUGAUACUCAGGGUGAGUAUAUUUUUUUUAUCGAUGUUCAUAGACGCUAA